AUGCUCGCGGAGGUGGGCCUGCAGGGGCCCCAUACCCUGCACCUCCAGCAGAAGCAGCAGCAGCAGCAGCAGCAGCAGCAGAUGCUGCUGCUGCAACGGCAAGGUCAAGCAGCUAGCGCAGGGGAUAUCUCCCUCCCCUCCUGCAGAAGGCUGUCAGCAGCAAUGCAUGCAGACAGCAGCAACAGCAGCAGCAGCAGCAACAAGAAGACUCGCUGCCGUCUAAGCGCUGACGCAGCUCCUUAUGGCGCUGCUUCCUCUACUAUUGCAGAUGCUGCCGCUCUCCGCAGCAGCAGCAGCAGCAGCAGCAGCAGCAGCAGCACAAUUGCUGCACUAGGUGCUGCUAUGAUGCAGCGGCUGCAGACAGACUGCGAUGCAGCAGCAAGAGGCGCAAGACUUAGGGCAGAAGAAUUUGCAACCUUUAUUGAUGAUCAAAUCUCUGAGUUGGAGCAGCUCGCCACCGAAAGCGCUCGACUUCAAGCGGAGAUAGAAGACCUCAAUGCAAAGACGGAAAAAAAUAUGCAGGAAGUGCAGAUGCUGUUGGAGGAGGAUAAGGCUGUGGAUGCUGAACUUGAAAGAGUUGCAGCAGCAAAGAAGAAGGUCGAGUUGCGUCUACAAUCAGCACAGAGGAAGUUGCAGGCAACAAGGAAGGGGGAGUCAUUUACGCGUAUUUGUUUUUUAUAUCUUUGCAAAGAAUUUCCUUCUUUAGAGGCAUUUAUUGACAUUUCCUUCCAACAACAAAAUUGCCAAGGUAUAUUUAUUAUUAGGGUUUAG